AUGACCAACUUAAUAACUACCAACACAAUUGUGAGACACAUCAUGUCUGACGACGAGCAAAAGCCUAAGGACGAGGUUAAGACCGAGACCCACAUCAACUUGAAGGUGUCUGACGGUAGUAACGAAAUCUUCUUCAAGAUCAAGAGAUCUACCCCUAUGAAACGUUUAAUGGAAGCUUUCUGCAAGAGGCAGGGCAAGUCCAUGGACACCUUGCGCUUCUUGAUUGACGGUCAGCGCCUCUCUCCGGAUAACACCCCCGAUGAUCUUGACUUGGAAGAUGGGGAUGUUAUCGAGGCCCAUGCUGAACAAACCGGUGGUUGCGCCUUCUAA